AUGGGUCGGCGCAUCGCUAGUCACGUUAAUCUCGCCGUGUUUGCCGUGGCAGCAGUCGCUAUCGUCGUCGUUUCUCUCCUCUCCGCGAUUCCGUCGGCUGCGGCGGCAACUCCGCGUGCUGGCGGUUGGUCUACCGUGAAAAACGCGGCAUCGGAUCAGCACGUGGCGGACCUCGCCAGCUUCGCCGUCGACGCGUACAACAAGAAACAGCCGAAUAUCCUCUCGGUCAAGUCUCGCCUUGUUGCAACGCCAAUGGCGGCCACAAGCCUCUACUCUCCCCCCCUCCUCAUCCCCCGCCCCACAACACCAGAACACGACCCUCAGAAAGCGCGCCUCAGGUUAAUUUCAGUCGAGAGUGCCAGGAGCCAGGUGGGAGCCGGCACCAAGUGGAGCAUCACUCUGCAAGCCGUCGCCCCAGCAGCGAACACCGGGCACAUCCGCAUCAACCCACCCCUGACCACCUACGUGACCGAGGUUUUCGAGAAACCUACAGCAGCGGCAAAGCAGCCUACGGGGGUAGCACACCUGGCAGUACAGCCGUUUGUACAAGGGCCGGUGGUGGGGGAUGGGCAGUCGUCAGGCGGAGCGCAGCCGGCAGUGGGAGAUGGACAGCCGGCGGGGGUAGCACAGCCGGUGGGAGACGGACAGACGUCGGGCGGAGCGCAGACGUCGGGCGGAGCGCAGCCGGUGGGCGGUGGGCAGACGUUGGCGGUGAAACAGCCGGCGUUGGCGGGUUCUCUCAAGCUGGUCUCCUUUGCCAAGAAGAAAUGA